UCGGACGUGAAUUAAAUUGCGCGACGUAAAUUUUCGAAAAAACUCAAAAAAAUAGUAAAUAAAAGGACUUUUUCGAACAAUUUCGAGGAAAAAACGAAAUUUUGUUGUUUUUUUGGUGAAAAUAAACAAGAAAAAUUGAAGAAAAAACUGCAGCAGUGUUAAAUUGUGACAAAAAAUUAACUUCGAACGAGUGUAAAGUGUAUCGAUAAAAAUAGAUUUAAGUGUCAGACAAAUAAAAACAAAAAAAUGAGAGAUAUCAACAGGCGACAAGUGACGAACCUCAGUGAAGCCACAAAUAACAGUCAAAGCAGAAAAAGAAGAACAACCACACCUUUGUUGACAAUGUCAUCCACAAUUUUGCUCAUUUCAGUCACAAUUCUUGGAUUUUUCAUAAAUGAUGUACACACGCAAGAACCAGCACAAGAUUUUGUCCCACACGUGACAGCGACGUGCAAAGGUGGCACAAUGAACAUCAAAGUACAAUUUUCUAGUCCCUAUUAUGGCGCUGUGCAUGCGCGCGAACACAGAAUAUCCAAGUGCAUGACGCAGGGCGAUGGCGGCACUUCGGUCUCGAUGAGCCUCAACUUGCUCGCGAAGAAGGACAACGAUGACUAUUGUGGCAUUCUAGUCAGCAACGUGAGUGGCGAUAAAACUGAGGAGAGGUCCAUUCAAUUGGCUGUACGAGUGCACAAGACGUUGGAAUUGGCUGACGACAAAUUUUACGUUAUCACUUGCGGCAAAACGGGAUUUUCGAGAGAUGACAAAGACAUGGGUGUUGUAUUGAAAUUCCUUGACGGCGAGAAACGUGUCAGAGAAACAGUUUAUGGCCGGGAGUAUCUCAUCAAAGCUGAAGUGCAACAACCAAAUGCAACUUACGGUAUCAAGGUGAAAAAUUGCUUCGCAUUCAACAAACGUAACAUCAGUAUUAAUUUGAUCGAUGACCGAGGAUGUCCUUUCGACAACAACAUCAUCACUCCAUUCGCCACACAAGCUGACGGAAAAUCUGCCGUCGCCAUGCUCAAAUCCAUGUUCAAAUUCGCCGAAGGGUCUGAAGUACAUUUCCAGUGCGACAUUGAGCAAUGCAGCGGACGAUGUGCUAGCGUAGAUGAGUCUUACUGCAAAACAAUUUCAUCCGAAAGGUUGAUUCAAGAGGAACAAACACGUGACUUGGGAAAAGCUCAAAAUGGCUUAAUGUUGGCUGCAUCUUCGGUCUUCGUUAUUGAUCCGGAUCAGGCGCCACUGAUCGCUGCCACUUGCGACGGCAUCCACCCUCCAUGGUUAUUGUGGCUCUGCAUCGCGCUCGGCGUCCUUUUCCUCAUUAUGCUGCUCAUGAAUAUCUUCCUUUGUACCGCCAUGAGUUGCAGUUGUGCCAGAACGGAAAUUAUCGAGAAGGAACCUUCCAUUAUCGAAGAAUACGAUCCUUAUCGCAGCUGGCAUGGAAGUCAAUAUGGCUCACGGUAUUCGUUGCAUGGACGCGAUAACGGCAUCAACAAGGGUUACACAAGCGGCGGAUCCACAAUUCACAGCAAUCGAUCACUACCAAUCGAUUCGGAUCACUAUGCAAUUGUGCACUCAAGACCCGGUUCAAGACACUCAAAUGUUAACGGACAUCGGUCACGCAACAUGUAAAAGACUACUACUACUACUUACUACGAUAAAUAAUAAUAAAAUAAUAAUUCCACCAUUUUUUUUGUACGUCCAAGCAUAAAAAUAAUAAAAUUAAUUUUCUAAUAAAAAAAAAAAAUAAAAUAAAAAUUCAGAACAAAACUUCUAAUCGGCACUUGUAAAA